AUGGACCCCCACGAGAUGGUCGUCAAGAACCCUUAUGCCCAAUUCAUCAUCCCCCGCGCCCAACUGCGGCCCGACCUGGGGGGACAGCAGCCAGAGGCAGCUCCAUCAUGCUCUGAGUCAGGGCCCCCAGCCUCUGGGCCCUGCGUCUCAGAGACCCUCUGCUCUCUGGAGCCUGGCAAAGCCAAGGGUGCCGAGGGUGUGAAGGGAGGAGCUGCCACCCAGGGCCAGCAGACCUGGCAGCCUUCUGGGAACCCGUGUGGCUGUGGGCAGCGCACAGGACUGACCUAUGCUGGACGGCCGCCCGUGGGACGCGGGGAUGACAUUGCCCACCACUGCUGCUGCUGCCCUUGCUGCUCCUGUUGUCACUGUCCUCGCUUCUGCCGCUGCCACAGCUGCUGCUGCGUGGUAUCCUAG